AUGUCACAGUGUCAGUUACAAAUUUCAAACUUCUAUUAGAACGAAAGAAAAACCUCUCUCUCUCUCUCUCGUCCUUCUCAAUCUCAAAGUCUGUCAAUCAACCACGCCUAACGCUUUAAUUUUACAGAGAUCUUUUCGAUCCUAAUCCUGAAAACGGACGGAAAACAAGAGGAGAGCAUCGUCGUCUCUGGUUCCUGUUGGGGUACUCCUAGCUACUCUCUUUGGCAGAGCUGAAAUUACUCAGCCAACUUAAUGGGGAAUGUUAUCAGCUCUUUUGUUUCAGGACUUGGUACAGUUAUCAAUAAACUGUUUGGUUCUCCACUAGAUUUUCUUUCUGGAAAAUCUUGCAGCUCAAUAUGUGGGUCAACAUGGGAUUUUAUUUGUUACAUCGAAAAUUUCUGCGUUGCUCAUUUGCUGAAGUUAGCCGUGGUAUCAGUUCUUCUCUACUUCGUUCUCUUGUUCUUCUACUCAUUAUACAAAUUGGGCAUAUGCCAAUGCGUCUGCCAGACCCUCUGCAAAAUGGCAUGGGCAAGCUUUGCUACAUUCUUUUCCAUUGUUGAAUUUGGGUGCACUUUCCUCUGUUACAAGCUUCCAAAACUCAAGCGAAGACACAGAAAGCACAAAAGGGACAUCGAACGGUUCUGUACGAGUAGUAGCGAUGGUGAAGAAGAAGCCACCAAAGACAGAAGAUUUCGAGAUCAUAAGCCUGGAAAAUCACUGUCUAGGCAUUGGAGGGAUUACCGAAGAGAACACUUGAGAAGAUCAUUAAGAGCUAGGAGUCACAGGGUGACAGUUGGGAUUAGAAGGGAUGGAUUUUGUGUGAAUAAGAGAAAUGGAGCCAAGUACGGUAAUCAAGGAAAAAACGUUCAUGAUAUUAGAGUGACUAGAACAUCGAAGUUUGCACAAAAGCGUGGUGAUAACAAGGGCUCAAGUCGUCGGAUGGGGAGGAAGAAGUGAAAGUUUUAUGAAGGAAUAUACAAAACUCAUAUAAUUUACCCAAAAAAAAAAAAACUCAUAUAAUUUGACUGUGGCGGCUGCGUCAAUGGCAUUAGAUCAAGGCCGGUUAUGGGUGUAGGUACUGGGUCGGCUGUAACACACGGGUGGUUUGUGAGACUGAAUCCAUGCACCAUAAGCAUCAUUCUACAUUUUUCCCUUUUUAAUCUCCUCUCAAAGUGACUUUGCUGACGUACUGAUUUUGAUAUUUUGCUGAACGAUGAAUAUAUCAGCAGACUUGGAAUUUACAACCAUCAAUCUCUUCUCUCUCACAAUUCAACAAGUUGAUUACAGCAGCAAGCCAUCAAGCCAAUUUCUAUACUCCUAAUUAUCUUCCUUUCUAGCCUUAUAUCCUAUCAACCUCUUCUCUGGAAACAUCAAAAUGAAGCCAAUGGCCUGUGCUAAUAUUACUCAACUUGGCUGCACAAAGGCUGGGAAAAAAAAAACUUCAUUAUAACAGUGACCCACAACCC